AUAUGUUUUUCACUUGCAUCGAAAUGAUUUUCAUGUGACAUUAUCACAGUCAAUGGUAGUGAAAGGACGAAAAAGGCAGCAGAAUAAAUUUUUUGUUUAUUGCUGAAACUUUGUUUUCCAUUCCCAAAGCACAAAACAACAACGGGACAAAUCAUGCCCAGCACAAGGAGAGUUAUUCUCGGUCAUGUGAUGUCGGGUGUAUGCACAAAAAUGAACCGAACGAAGAAACUUCCAAGCGAUAUUAUGCAAACGCCACUAAAUCGAUGCCUGAGCACAUUCGACAUAACUUUACUAGGAAUCGGUAACAUGGUUGGAGCCGGCGUUUAUGUUUUAACAGGAAUUGUAGCUAAAGAUAUAGCGGGACCAGGAAUUGUGCUCUCAUUCAUAAUCGCUGCCAUGGUGUCAAUGCUAGCUGCUCUAUGCUAUGCUGAAUUCGGAUGUCGCGUUCCGAGGGCAGGAUCUGCAUACAUUUACACCUACGUUUCGAUUGGUGAAUUUUGGGCUUUCAUAAUUGGAUGGAACAUCAUUCUUGAGCAUAUGUUGGGUGCAGCUAGUGUAGCAAGGGCGUGGAGUGGUUACGUGGACUCAAUGAUGGAUGGCUUUAUAGCGAAUGUAACAAUGAGUGUUACCGGAGAGAUGCAUGAGCAACUGUUGUCGAAGUAUCCGGAUUUUUUGGCAUUUUUCGUUUGUCUUGCAUACACGCUGGCAUUGAGUACAGGAGUAAAAACAACGGCAAUUUUGAACGGAAUCCUAACAACGGUCAAUAUUGGAGUCGUUCUUAUGGUGAUUUCAAUAGGAUUGUGGCAUGCAAAUCCAAGGAAUUGGUCAGCAUCAGAGGGAGGAUUUUUACCGUACGGAUUUGUUGGCGUAAUAUCAGGAGCUGCAUCUUGUUUUUACGCCUUUGUUGGAUUUGAUUCGAUUGCAACAUCUUCCGAGGAAAUUCUUCCAUCGACUUCAAUACCAUUAGCGACCAUCCUGUCGUUAUGUAUUGUGACCAUCAUCUAUGUUUUGGUCAGCGCAGCAUUAACGCUAAUGGUUCCGUACACUCAAAUCAAUCCAAUUGCAUCACUUCCGUCAGCUUUCGGUUCUAUAGACAUUCCAUGGGCAAAAUACGCCAUAUCAAUCGGAGCUCUUUGUGGUAUGUCCACCACUUUACUCGGCUCGUUGUUUUCCCUUCCCAGAUGCAUGUACGCUAUGGCAUCCGAUGGAUUAUUGUUUUCAUGCUUCGAAAAAAUUAAUGCCCGGACGCAGGUGCCGAUACUCAAUCUCAUAGUGUCAGGAUUUUGUUCUGCACUGUUGGCACUAAUUUUCGAUUUGGAAAAACUGGUUGAGUUCAUGUCAAUUGGCACUCUCUUGGCUUACACAAUUGUUAGUGCGAGUGUUAUCAUUCUUCGUUAUCGUCCGCCGAGUGUUGAAGAAACUAUAACCUACGCACCAGAUGAUACGCCAGACGAAGAUGAUUCAUCUCAAUCGAGCAUUGCAUCGGUGUCGGCUACCAGUGAAAUGAUAGAAAUUGCUCUAGCCGGCAAACUUAGACCGCAAUAUCGUUGGUUGCAUCCACUUGUUGGCCGAUGUGAUCCGGGAUCGGCGGUAUCAGUUGCAGUAUUUCUGUACGUAGUAACGAGUGCUGCUGUCUGUUUGCAAUUCGAAGUGUAUUGGGCGCAUUUGUAUAAGGGAGACUGGCUUAGUUUGAUCACGUACGGAGUAUUGGUAUUUUUCAUGGUCGCAUGCCUGGUCGUAAUAACGGCUCACCAUCAGAACUGCAGAACUUCUGAGCUACAGUUUAAAGUACCGUUCGUACCGUUGAUUCCGGCUCUAAGCAUUCUAUUCAACAUUGAAUUGAUGGUGCAUUUAAGUGUGUUGACUUGGUUGCGAUUGUUGGUUUGGUUGAUCAUCGGAAUGCUGGUGUAUUUCUUCUAUGGCAUUCAUCACAGCAAAGAGGGUACACUUGGCACGUCAUAUUCUAUGUUGUUGACGACAAAUGACACAAACAAAAGUUAUUGGAGUGCAACGGCUAAGACAACCAUAAAUCGUAUGAUGGAAAAAGUUAUGAGAAAGUCUGAUGAUAAAACUGCCAUUGUCGAUGCUGACGACGAUGAAACUUAAGAACUGCCUGCACCCGAACAAAAAAAUGAUUUCGAGCACACAUCUCCACAUACAAAUGGAGGAACUUAUGUUUGAUGUACAAAUCUAUCAAUCGUUUUAUUUUCUUGGUAAGAGAUGCCUGCAAAGUAUUGCCGUUACUAUAUUGACUGUUGUAGAGACCAAAAAUUGUUUAUUCUACAUUCCCAUUUAAAUAAAAUAUUUAUUGAAUUUAA